CCACGUUUUCGGGGGCCACACAAAUUGAUGUGGCGCGCCAGAUUUGCCCCCCGGGCCUUGAGUUUGACACCUGUGCUCUGAUGAGCCAGUUUAAAUGAUAAAAAUCUUUAAUCGUAGUGGUAACCCCAAAACAUUUUUGCAACCGAAACUCCGUUUUUUAUUUCUUUUUUUCAAAUCCCAUUUUUUUGUUAUAUAAAUCCAUUAUUUUUGUUUGGUUGUAUAAAAAAAGAUAUCUCCAUACAUUCACUGCACAAACAUCAUAAUAAUUUCUUAUUUUUAAUUGGCACUGUCCCUGAGAAGGUUGUAAUUAAUUUAUUGCUUAAUUAUUUACAGUUAUAUUGGUUGGUUACAUACUACUAGCGACAUCUGUUUUGACACAGCAACGUAAUGGAAGAUAAAAACUGACACUAGAUAAUAAAAUGAGCAGCGUGUGCCAACUUUAAAGAAUGCAAUAGCUUUGUGGGAAAAAAGUGAGUCAAACUGUACUAGUAGUAACUGAAAAGUGUGUAUGGCUAACUAUUAGCAUGGAGCCAUAAACAGCAACAUAGCAGAAGUGUUGUGCCGGAAGGAGGGGCUCCACUACGGAAGCGUGCGCACGCACUUCGUGUGUUUUGUUGCCCCCCCGCCCAAGGUUGAAGCUCACCUCGCUCAGCUGCGCGUCCUCUACAUGUGUGUCUGCGUUGUAGCGUCCAGUCCAAAGCCGAGCUGCUGCGGCGGCGUCGUCGUCGUCACCCGGCUCCUCGCAUGGCCGCCGGAGCGUGCUGCAAGUGUCCAGUCUCUCUGUCCGUGUUCAAGCGCUCUCUCUCGGUGGCACCGCGGGGCCCAGCGACUCCUCGCUCACGUCUGGCGGUCUGGAGGCGCGGGGAGCGGGGCCUGCUGGAGGCGGCCCGGACCUCCAGCGCCCUCAGACCCGCGGGGUUCAGUCGUCACACGGUCUUCUUUUGUCUGUCGUGCCAGGAGUCCAUGAGCGACAGCCUGAGAACGUGUUAUGUCUACCUCAACCAAACCAGCAGGAGUUUUGCAGCUGUCAUUCAGGCCUUGGAUGGGGAGCUAAGACACGCCGUUUGCAUUUUCUACCUGGUGCUGCGGGCGCUGGACACCGUGGAGGACGACAUGAGCAUCCCCUUGGACAAGAAGGUCCCCAUGCUGAAUAAUUUCCACACCUACCUGUACCAAGACGCUUGGAACUUUAGCGAGAGUCGGGAGAAAGACCGGCAGGUCCUGGAAGACUUCCCCACGAUAUCACUGGAAUUCCGAAAUUUGGCUCAGGAAUACAGGGAGGUAAUCUCAGACAUCUGUCACCAAAUGGGAGCAGGAAUGGCUGAAUUCCUGGAGAAGAACGUGGACUCCAUGAAGGAGUGGGAUCAGUAUUGCCACUAUGUGGCAGGGCUCGUGGGCAUCGGCCUCUCUCGCCUGUUCUCGGCGUCCCGGCUGGAGGACCCUGAGGUGGGCUGGGACACGGGUUUGGCCAACUCCAUGGGGCUCUUCCUGCAGAAAACCAACAUCAUUCGAGAUUAUCUGGAGGACACGCAGCAGGGACGUGCCUUCUGGCCGCGAGAGGCGUGGAACCAGUUUGCAGACCGCCUGGAGGACUUGGCCCAGCCCGAUAAGCUGGAAUCAGCCCUGUCGUGUCUCAACCUGCUCGUCACUGAUGCUCUGCACCACGUGCCAGAUGUCAUCGCUUACCUGUCUCGCCUACGUAACCAGAGCGUCUUCAAUUUCUGUGCAAUUCCUCAGGUGAUGGCGAUAGCUACAUUGUCAACGUGCUACAACAACCCCAUGGUGUUCCAGGGAGUGGUCAAAAUCCGAAAGGGCCAGGCUGUGACGCUCAUGAUGGAGGCGACCACCAUGCAGGCGGUGCAGAACAUCAUCAGCCAGUACAGCCAAGAGAUUCUGCACAAGGUCUCGCUCACCGACCCGUCACGGGACAAGAUCCUGCGCAUCCUGGCUCUCAUCAGAGAGAAGUCGCAGUCCAGCCUUCCCAUUAGGAGCCCCCACCUGUCGCCCAUGUACUUGUCGGCCGCCAUGCUGCUGGCCGCCGUCAGUUGGCAGUACCUCAGUGCCACGGUGUCACAGGCCGACAUGCAAGGACAGUAAAUGCCCCCCACACUGACUUAUGAUGGCCCCUUCUUCACUGCAGUGGGGGUCCACGUCCCCCAUGAACAGAGAAACAGCUAUUCUUUGUGGACAACAGCAAGUAGUAGCAGGAUAGCUGUGCAGGCCUGCAUUUGAAUGCAUCGCCUACAUAGUUCAAGUUAAAGUACCAGAGUUUUGUGUGCUUAAAAUCACCAGCAUAGAAUGGACUCUUGAUGUUUGUGUCCCUUUCUCUUUGAAUAUUGAUGUGAUUUAUGGGAAAAUGUCUGUUCAAAUUAUGUCAUAAGCUAAGAGGAUAUAUCCCCUCUGUCUCUUUCAACUCCUUGUAGAACUGUAGAGCACUUCCCACGGGGCUUUAUUUUGAAAGGGAGGAAAAUCACUGCAAAUGUACGUGUUCUGCAUAUUAAUGCAAGCUGCUAGAGAAAGUGUCCUUAAUGAGUAAAUAGAGCUUUGGUGAGUUGAAGAAAAGAACAGGCAAGCACAGAAACACAGAACCAAAGGUAAAGUUGUACAAACAUUGCUAUGUAAUGUGAACAUUAGAUUUAUUUGUACAUUUUGAGCAAAUAAAACGGCGAGAGGAUAUAAACAUGAUGGUUUAAAGCAGGGGUGGUAAAAACUUUUUCCACUGAGGGCCGCAAUCUGAAAAGUCAAAUCCGGCCGGUUUCAUUUCGAUUCAUUUGCAAAAUCAAUACAAUAUACAGAUGUUUUUCAAUCUUUAGGGCUCCCCUCAAGUUCGGUGCUGGGACCCUUAAGGGUCUCAGUCAUAAAAAUGUUAAAGAAUAAGUCAUAUAUUGUAAUUUUUUUAUGUAAGGCUUGAAUCUCUGGAUCAACUUAAGGUCUAUCUGUCGAUAUAAAGUUGUGUGGGUGUGGGUGUGUGUUUUCUUGUAUUUCUACCCUUCUUGAGACAUCAACAAGGAAAAGUAGCUUCCAUAUGAGGACCGGUGAACAAGUUAGGACAUAAAUCAUGCCCCCAAACCAUUGCAUCUAAUAGAGAAUGUUGGGUUUUAAAAGCUGCGAUGAGGUGGCGACUUGUCCAAGGUGUACACCGCCUUCCGCCCGAUUGUAGCUGAGAUAGGCUCCAGCGACCCCGAAGGGAAUAAGCAGUAGAAAAUGGAUGGAUGAAUGGGUUUUAAAAGUGCGCUGGUUAACAUAUGAAAUAAUAAGUGUGUGUAAACAUUUGAAGUGCUCCCCUUCUGGCCAACAUAUGUAAUAACAAGUGUGUGUAAUAAAUUUAAAUGUGCCCCCUUUGGCCAAAAUUAAUAAAAUAAAUAUGUAUAUAGAGAUAAACUGUAAUUACUUAUUAACCAAUUACAAACAAAAAAUAAAAAAAGAUUAUUAAAAGCUUA